GUAUCUUGAUUUUCGAUGUUCCCAGUUUUCCCCUGGUUGUUUCCCGCUGUCGGCACUAGUGGCAUCCCCGCCAGUCCGCAAAAUGCACUGACUGAAAGUUACUCUGCGUCAAGUACAACGGCGGGGAAUUAAUUUGGUAAUUCUUGCAACGUGUUCGUUUUAAGCAUGUUGUUGAUUUGUUUUCGAAGCUCUUUUUCCAAUUGCGAUGAAUACAAAAGAAUAAAACCUGCAUGAAAGAGGCUAUUCUUAUAAAAUAGGUAUCUUCCCCCCAUACUACCGUGGUCCCCUGAUAGCCAAACUAAUCCUGGCUAUUGCAAAAGAAGUUUGGCAUGGCAGCAGAAAAUGCAACUUGGCUUCCCUUUGCCCAAGCGGCAGCUAUAGGGUGGAUACCGGUGGCGAGGUCUUCCAUGCCGGGUCCGCCAGCGCACCGGAAAGCACCUGACGGCUUCAUUAUUCUCAAUGUCAGUGGAACAAGAUUUCAGACUUGGCGUAACACUUUAGAGCGGUUCCCGAAUACAUUACUUGGCUGCACUGAACGAGAUUUUUUUUUCCACGAAGAAACUAAUGAGUACUUCUUCGAUCGAGACCCUGAGCUCUUCAGACACAUCCUGAACUUUUAUCGCACUGGUAAAUUGCACUACCCGCGACACGAGUGCGUUUCGGCGUACGACGAAGAGCUGGCUUUCUUCGGGAUCAUGCAGGAGAACAUGGGGGACUGUUGUUACGAAGAUUACAAGGACCAUAAGUGUGAGAACCUGGAACGGAUGCAGGAUGCGCAGGACACACUGACAAAAGAGAAUCACGAGAACGAUGUUCUUGCUGGUAUGACCCUGAAACAGUCCAUGUGGAGAGCUUUUGAAAAUCCGCACACGAGCACUCCGGCUCUGGUGAUUUAUUAUGUCACUGGGUUUUUCAUCGCAGUUUCCGUCCUGGCCAACGUGUUAGAAACGGUACCAUGUGGGACCUCAGCGAAGACGACAGUCUCCUGCGGGAAGCGCUACCAGCUGCAGUUCUUCUGCUUAGAUACUGCCUGUGUGAUGAUUUUCACGAUGGAAUACCUGUUGCGUCUGUUUGCUGCGCCAAACCGACUCAAGUUUGUUAAAACUGUGAUGAGUAUUAUAGAUGUGGUUGCGAUCAUGCCAUAUUACAUAGGACUCUUCAUGACUGACAAAGGCGAGGUGAGCGGAGCCUUUGUCACUUUGAGGGUGUUCCGAGUGUUUCGCAUUUUCAAGUUCUCCCGUCAUUCUGCAGGCCUGCGUAUUCUGGGCAACACUUUGAAGAGUUGUUUCUCCGAGCUGGGGUUUUUGCUCUUUUCUUUGACGAUGGCUAUCAUUAUUUUUGCAACGGUGAUAUUCUACGCAGAGAAAGGUGUGAAAAGGAGCAAGUUCACCAGCAUCCCAGCAUCCUUCUGGUAUACUAUUGUCACAAUGACCACGCUCGGGUAUGGUGACAUGGUUCCAAAGACCAUCAUGGGAAAAGUUUUUGGGUCGAUCUGUUCACUGUGUGGGGUGCUGGUCAUUGCUCUGCCUGUGCCUGUGAUUGUCUCCAAUUUCAUCCGCAUCUACCAGCAAAGCCAGCGUUCAGAAAAGCGGCAAGCACAAAAGAAAAGCAGGCUGGUUAUGACUCGGCUUGCCAGGAAGAGUGGUGCUAGCAGCUAUUUGCAGUACAAGCACGGUGGGCUCUUGAGAGGCUCCAAGGAAGAGGUAUCUAGGGACACUGGACAGGCACGGUCUAAGAAGAAUAACUCCAGUUUUCAGACUGAACAGCACCACCUGCUGUACUGCCUGGAGAGGACCACGAACCAUGAAUUUGUGGAUGAGCAGACCCAUCAGAUGUGCUCCACGGUGAUGGGGCCCCAGAUCUCUUCACGUUCUCCUUCCUCUUCAUCACGAAGCUUUUGCCUGAGGAAAAAAAAGAGGUUCAGUCUGCCCAAAGUUACAAUGACUGCCAGACUCCAGGGCAACUUUCAGGAAUUCAGCCACCUGCAGGAAGGACCUCCAACCAGCCGGCGCUCAAGACUGAAUGCAGUUGUAGAUGAGUCAGGGCCCCUAAAUAGAGAACAGCACCACCUGCAGGAUCCCUUCAUCAGCUCACCCAGGGUCUCGCAAGACAGUACUUUUACAGUGUCUGCUGUAUAGCCUGCUGUCAACUUACAAGACCUUGUUGGACAGUGAAAAAGGAGAUACUUUUGAAAAAAUAACAAUGGCUUGAAGACAUUAUUGCCAACAAAAUAAACACAGAUAUGAGA